CCUUAGGGGCCUCGGGGCUUCUUCUACUGUUUUUGAUGGCUUUGAGUGUCUCGGGCACUUUCUGUUUCCUCACGUCUCCAGCCCUAUCUGUCUCCAGCUGCUUUAGCAACCGCUGUCUCUGGCUCUAUCUCUGGCUGUUUCUGACCAUCUUCUAUUUCCGGUUAUCUCAGAACGUGUCCAGCUGUCUCAGGCAGUUUCUGACUGGUUCUGCCUUUUCCCCACUGUCUCUCGAGGUUCCCGACUGUCUUGAAAUGCUUCCAAUUGUUCUUGCACUUUUUUCAGUUGUCUGGCAGUUUCCAGCCAUCUCCAGCUGUUUCCAGUGGUCUCCGGCUGUUUCUGUCUUUGGGUAUUCUGGCUGUGUUUCGAUGCUCUCCAGCUGUCUCUGGCUGUCUCCCACUGUUUUCUGCUGGCUGUCUCUGCCUCCAGCUCUCUCCCUCUUCUCUGUAACCCCAACUGCCUGUAUCUGAGUUCGGCUCAGAUAUUUCUGUCUCUCCUGCCAUGCCCCCCUCCUCUCUGAUCCACUGUCUCUCCCCUACUCCAGGCCCUGAAGAAAAUGGACUGCGCACCAGCCUUUCUGUCCCUCCCAAUGUGACCUUGGACUCCACAGUGCUCCAGACCCAGCUGGGCAUAGGUGACGGUAGGGACCUGGGCCUUGAGGCUGCUCCUGGACAGCCCAACCUCCCUGAGCCCCAGGAGGCUGCUAACCAGAACCACAGCUUGGAGGCCCCCCUGGGGCUUUGGGACUACAGCUCUGAAGCCUCCUUUGUCACCGCAGUGGAGGCCUCUGGAGCCGAGGACUCAGCCCCUGACAGCCCCCCCUGGGCCAGGUCAUUGCCCCACACCAUGCAGGGACUCCUGCCUGGCGUCUGGCCACCCCAGAGGGUGCCAAGGUCCCUGAGUGCCUCACCGCUGGCUCAUCGAGCCAUAAUGGGGAACAGGGAGGCAGAACUCAACUCUCAUCUGCAGGCCCUGACUCUGUCUUCCACGGAUGCAGAUGACUCCGCUUCCUCCUCCUCUACCUCCUCCACUCCUUGCCCAGCCCAGAACCCCCUAUGGGAACCGCCACUGGGACCCCCUGACCUGUACUUCCUGACCGAUGACCAGACAUCCCUCGACAGCGAUGUGGCUGCCCUUUGGCUGACAGAGGACGAGGAGCAGUCCACAGAUGGCAGGGACCCUGUCCCCACUUGCUGGCACCCACCGGUCCCUGCCGUGUCUGACCUGGAGCUGCUGUGGCAACUCCGAGUGCACGGAGAGAGUCCUGGCCCCAUCACACCCUUCACCCGACCAUACUACCUCCAGCGGCUAGAAGAAGCCAAGGCUGGGCCUGGCCCAAACCUUGCAGGUCACAGCCCGGAGCUGGCCGAGGCCCUGCGGACAGGCCGCAUCCCAGAUGCCCAGGCAGAAGAGGACGCACUAGCCCAGCAGUUUGAGCAGCCUGAUCCCGCCAGGAGGUGGCGGGAAGGAAUUGUGAAGUCUAGCUUCACAUACCUGCUGCUGGACCCCAGGGAAACUCAGGACCUGCCAGGCCGAGCCUUCUUGCUGACCCCAGCUGAACGUCUCCAGACAUUUGUCCGCGCCAUCUUCUAUGUGGGCAAGGGGACACGGGCCCGCCCAGAUGCCCAUCUCUGGGAAGCCAUUGGCCAACGUGGGCGGCCAGGAAAGCAGGUGUGGGGAUCAGGAUCAGGGUUCCUGCAGAGGCAGCCAUGCACAGGUAGAGAGAGGAAGGAGGGAAUUGGGAGGCUGACCCAUGACCCCAUCCCCACUCUGGGCCCCCAGGCCUGUGCCAAGGUGCGCCGGAUUCUGGACAUCUGGGCCAGUGACCGUGGUGUCAUCUCCCUGCAUUGCUUCCAGCACGUGGUCGCCGCGGAGGCCUACACACGGGAGGCAUGUCUUGUGGAUGCUCUAGGGAUCCAGACGCUGACCAACCAGAAACAAGGGCAUUGCUACGGAGUGGUGGCGAGCUGGCCUCCUGCCCGGCGCCGCCGCCUGGGGGUGCACCUGCUGCACCGUGCCCUCCUUGUCUUCCUAGCUGAGGGCGAGCGAGAACUGCGGCCCCAGGACAUCCAGGCCCGCGGCUGAGCACUGGAGAACCGGCCAUCUGGCCUGGGCGAAGAGCAGAGUGUUUAAACAUCCUGGCGACCACAUGCAGAUAGUAGCCACCAUCUCUGCCUCCAGAAGGCAAGGCCGGUGGGGUGGGCUCCCUCCACAGGCUAAAGGAGAACUCUUUAGAGGUGGGACUGCCAGGGAGGGAGUGAGCUCCCUAUCACCAGAGGUAGACAAGCAGGGAUCUGAAGGUGCUUCGGAACAUUCUGGUGCUUUUGCAGUUUGGUCCUUGUUGCAUAGACAGUCCAGUUUUAUCUGCCAGUCACAGAGAGGAGCUGCUGGACCCCCUUGUGGGGCAGGCUGGGGGCUCCUUAGAGACAUACUCAGGGGUUCCAUUUCCAGACCAGUUACUUAUCUGUCUGAGCCUCAGUUUCCUUAGUUGAACAACACAGACAGUGAGAGGCCUUACCUCAGGGGAUUAAACAAGGUCAUCAGGUAAAGCUGUGGCUCAGCCCAGCACUGGGCAGAGGUGGCCCCGAAGCCCAGGUGGAACUCCCAAGUGGGAGAUGUUCUCUCGUCCCUGGGGUCAUCAUAAGUCGGGACCAACUCAGUGGCAGCUAACAAGUCCCGUACCCUGUCCACUGAUUCUCAAAACCCCCACACAGACCUCAACUGGACCUCCUCUUCCCCACCAGGGGAUUGGCUGUUUGGCUGUCUCCCUCUAUGGGAGGUCAAGUGCAUGGAGAGAGUCCCAGCCCCAUCACACCCUUCACCUGACCACAUUACCUCCAGCGGCUGGAAGAAUUGCUGUACAGCGUGGGCCUCGUGGUGUGGCUUCUCUGAGCUUGUCUCUUCUGCUGUAAAAUGGGGUUAAUAACCCCAGGUCCCCAGCUGUGCUACCAGAUUGCAGACUAGUCACAUAUACAAAGAGCUUCUGUAAACACCAAGCCACCAUCCGUGUGAGGUACUGCUGUGAUGUUGGCAGCCUAGUUUGUGGGGGAUAGUUGAAAUUUUCUAGAUGUUGCUUCUUCAAAGUGGGUUUACAGACUUGGCGGAGCCCAGGUGGUGCAAACAGUUUGCAGUCAGCUGCUAACUUAAAGGCUGGUGGUUUGAACCCACCUGGCAGCACCACGGGAGAAAGGCCUGGCGAUCUGCUUCCCUAAAGAUCACAGCCAACAAAAUCCAACAGCAUUCAGUUCUACUUUUUAACACAUGAGGCCGCCAUGAGUUGGAGUCGACUUGAUGACAAUGGGUCUUUUUAGGGACCUAAGGAGAUGUGUUGCCUCAUUGGGUUCAUGACCCGCUCAUCAUGGCUCAGCAAACCAGGGCCCACAGGGAGCAGUCUGUAACCUGGGUUGAGGUUCCACUUGCCUCACAUUCUCCCAUUACUGAGUGCCAGAGGGGACAGCUGGUAUUGGAAUUAAGGACACAGUCUCUGGAGUGGGCCUGGGAUUUACCACUUGUAUGAAGCUUAAGAGGCCUUUGAGCUUCUGUUUUCCUUAUGUGUGAAAACAGGGAGGCUUCCCAGACAUCAAGUCUCAUACAGCAAUAGCAACUAAAAUGGUAUGGCAUUGGCCCAGGAAUACACAAGCAGGUCAUCAGAAAAGAAUCCAGAGGUCCUAAGAGACCUAUGAAGAGAUGGGAUUUAGUCUAACCCAGGGUUUAUCACCCUCAGCCCUGCUGCCAUUUCAUUCUGGAUCAUUCUCUGUGGUGGGGGCCAACCUGUGCACUAUGGGGUGCUGAGCAGCAUCCCCGGGCUCCACGCACUAGUUGCCAGUAGCAGCCCCCCCCUUCCAGCUGUGACAACCAAAAAAGUCUCAGACAUCACCAAUGUCCCUUGAGGGAUAAAGCCUCCCUUGGCUGAGACCACUGGUGUAAACUAAAGAUAGGCUCACGAACAAGUGGGGUAAGGAGAGAAGAUUCAGGAACCGAGGAGACGAUCCCCGCCUCUAAUUCACACAAACCACAGACGGACCUAGACAGGCACUGUGAUGGAUUAAGCUGGGCCUGUCCCAAAAAAAUAUGUGUUGGAACUCUAACCCCUACACCUGUGGGUGUGAUUUGGGUUAGGAAUAGGAUUUUCGUUGUGUUAAUAAAGCUUUUUUUUUAAUAAAGCUGUGUCAGUGGGAGGUGGGUCCUAAACCGAAUCACUUCUGAGUGAUAUAAGGAAACCCUGGUGGCGUGGUUAAGAGCUUGGCUGCUAACCAAAAGGCUGGCACUUGGAAUCCACCAGGUGUUCCUUGGAAAGUCUAUGGGGCAGUACUACUGUGUCCUAUAGGGUCGCUAUGAGUUGGAAUUGACCUGACGACAGCUAGUUUGGUUUGGUUUUGGUUUAAAUGACAUAAAGAGCAGCAUAGACAGAGACAAUCGAGCCCAAACAGGGGGAGAUAAGCACACUUGAUCACCAAAGAACCAAGUAACGCUGGAAGAGAAGAGGACCUUUCCCCAGAGCCGACAGAUAGAGAACCCACCCCUAGAGCCAGUGCCCUGAAUUCAUACUUCUAGCCUUCUGAACUGUGAGAAAAUAAAUGUUCUUCAAAACUGCCCACUUGUGGCAUUUGUGUUACAGCAGCACAGGGGAACUGAGACCGAUGUCAAAACAAAACUGUUUGUCAAGUCGACUCCAACAUGUUUUAGAGUAGAACUGUGUUUCAUAGGGUUUUCAAUGGCUGUAAUCUUUACGGAGGGUCCCUGGGUGGUACAAGCAGUUUGUGCUUGGCUGCUAACAUACAGGUUGGCGGUUCAAACCCACCCAGUGAUCUGCUUCCAUUAAGAUUACAGCCAAGAAAACCCUAUGGAACAGUUCUACUUUCUAUCACACGGGGUCAUCAUGAGUCAGAAUUAACUUGAUGGCAACUAACAACAACCACCUUCACGAAAGUAGAUAGCUAGGCCUUUCUUCCAUGGCGAUGCUGAGUAGAUAUGAACCGCCAGCCUAGUUAGUUGAGUUCAAAUUGUGCCUAAACGGGCACAUAUUAAAGUAAAAUAUGUUAGGUGUCAUCAAGUCGAUUUUGACUCAUAGUGACUCCAUAUGACAGUGUAGAAUGCCUCAGAGUUUUCUUGGCUGUAAUCUUUAUGGGAGCAGAUCGCUAGGUCUUUCUCAGACAGCUGCUAGGUGGGUUUGAACCACCAACCUUUCAGUUAACAGUUGAGUGCUUAAACGUUUGCACCACCAGCACUCCUUAGAUAUAGCCCAUUGCUGUCGAGUCAAUUCCUACUCAUAAUGACCGUAUAGGACAGAGUACAACUGCCCCAUAGAGUUUUCAAGGAGCACCUGGUAGAUUCGAACUGCCAACCUUUUGGUUAGCAGACAUAGCUCUUAACCACUGUGCCACCAGGAUUUCCCCCUAGAUAUACUGAAGAGCAAAAUUCUGGCCAUGCAGCAGGGAAAUCCUCCAGCUAGACAUAAAAGGAAAAGACA